AUGUCCGACACCACAUACCGACCGGCACUCGAUGACCCUAACGCAUACGUUCUCUACCGGUACAUUCCCUCAACAGUAGCGGCGAUUGUUUUUGUGGUUGUUUUCGGUCUCACCACUUUGGCCCAUGUUUUCCAACUCAUCAAGAAGAAGACAUGGUACUUCACACCUCUCGUAGUUGGAGGUCUUUUCGAGGUCAUAGGAUUUAUUGGGCGCUACCUCUCGCAUGAUGAUGUUUGGGCACUCGGACCAUUUAUAAUGCAGUCGCUGCUCAUUCUACUUGCUCCGGCACUAUUCGCGGCGUCUAUCUACAUCAUACUAGGUCGAAUCAUCCUGCUGGUGGAUGGAGAGCGAUAUUCGCUGGUGCGACAGAAGUGGCUCACGAAGUUGUUCGUCACAGGAGAUGUGCUCAGCUUCCUGAUGCAAGGCUCAGGCGGCGGUAUUCAAGCGAUGGGUACGCUAGAAGCCUUGCAUACCGGCGAGCAAAUCAUCAUCGGCGGUCUUUUCGUCCAAUUGAUCUUCUUCGGCCUUUUCAUCGUCGUGUCGGGAGUUUUUCACUACCGCCUCGUUAGAGAUCUUCCUCUAAAGAAGCGCUAUAGUCCGUUGUCGCUGUUCAAAUCUCGGAGAUCUAGCCCAAGCAUACACACCUCAUCCACCGUACCCAGGGCCAGUCUAUCGGGACUACCUUGGAAGCGUCACCUCUACACCCUAUACCUCGCAAGCGCUCUCAUUAUGGUGCGAAGUAUCUUCCGCGUCGUAGAAUACAUCCAAGGGAACGCAGGAUAUCUACUCAGCCAUGAGGUAUACCUCUAUAUCUUUGAUGCCACACUCAUGUUCUUUGUCAUGCUGGCAUUCAACUGGACCCAUCCAAGUCAAAUUACAGACGCGUACCAGAAGAGACUACGGAGCGGCUCGCCCAUUGAGCUCCAACAUUCCCACGAUUCAGCGACAGGCGCGGAUGAGGAACACAUGCUAGAGAGUCGGGAGGCGAAGAGUAGUGUACGCACUGGUGGCUGGGUUCCUCCCCGAGGCUAA